UCGAAUUAUUAAAACUUCAUCUGAAUUUCAAGCGUUUUUUUAAGAAAACAAAGCAAGAAGAAAAUGGCUGACAACUCUCAGAAGAUGAGCUACCACGCUGGAGAGGCCAAGGGCCAAGCUCAGGAGAAGGCCAGUGGGAUGAUGGAUAUGGCUAACAAUGCAGCCCAAUCUACCAAGGAGACAAUGCAAGAUGCUGGUCAGAAUGUGCAGGCCAAGGCUCAGGGAGCUGCUGAUGCAGUCAAGAAUGCCACUGGCAUGAACAAAUGAAUCUGCUCAUGAUGAUAAUCAUUUUCAUGACUUUUAAUGACUUUAUAGAUGAUAAAACUUUGAUUGAGUUUUUUUUUUUUUUUUUUGGUCGAACUUUGAUUUUUGUAGACUUUUAUGUAAUUUGUUUUUCUUUCUUACCUUCCAUUUCGAUGAAGGAAUUGAAAAUUGCAUAGAAUUCUAAAAUAACACAAUUUAGAUUUCAAUUGGUUUAAUUUAUGUCAAUUAAUAAUUUCGGUGUUC